AUGGAACCAAAAAAUUAUACACAAGUUUCAGAAUUUAUUCUUCUGGGAUUUUCAGAACAUGAACUUCUACAGCCUCUCUUCUAUGGACUGUUCCUGUCCAUGUACCUGGCCACUGUCCUUGGGAACCUGCUCAUCAUCCUGGCCACCAUCUCAGACUCCCACCUGCACACACCCAUGUACUUCUUCCUGUCUAACCUGUCCUUUGCAGACAUCUGUAUAACCUCCACCACUGUCCCAAAGAUGCUGGUGAAUAUCCAGACACACAGCAAGGUCAUAACGUAUGAAGGCUGCAUGACCCAGAUUUAUUUUUUUGUUUUAUUUGUGGUGUUGGACAACUUUCUCCUGGCUGUGAUGGCCUAUGACCGUUUUGUAGCUAUCUGUCACCCCUUGCAUUAUACAGUCAUCAUGAACCAUCACCUCUGUGUGUUAUUAGUUAUGGUGUCUUGGAUCACAAGUGUUCUGGAUGGAGUAUUACAAAACUUCGUGGCAUUGCAGCUGUCCUUCUGUACAGAGGUGGAAAUCCCUCAUUUUUUCUGUGAACCUAAUCAAUUAAAUCACCUUGCCUGUUCUGAUACAUUUCUUAAUGACAUGGUGACAUACAUUACAGCUAUACUGAUGGGUGUUUGUCCCCUCAGUGGCAUCCUUUAUUCUUACUCCAAGAUCAUGUCAUCCAUCUCUGCCAUCUCCUCAGCUAAGGGGAAAUACAAGGCAUUUUCCACAUGUGUGUCUCACCUCCUGGUUGUCUCCUUAUUUUACUGCACUAGCCUAGGAGUAUACCUCACUUCUGCCAUGACCCAAAACCAGCACUCAACGUCAAGAGCAUCAGUGAUGUACACUGUGGUCACCCCUAUGAUGAACCCUUUCAUCUACAGCCUGAGGAAUAAAGAAAUCAAGAGAUCUUUGAAAACACUCUUUGAGAAAGAAGAUAUAAAAGUUGUCUUUGCCUUGGGUUUAAAAAAGCACUGUUGA